AUGCAGACCGAGCAGUCUACGGCCUCAGACCCGUUCCCGUGGGACAUCGGCGUCUACGAUGCUCACUGCCAUCCAACGGACACGAUGUCCGCCAUCGAGGAUAUCAAAGACAUGAAAGCAGCCGCCCUGACAAUCAUGGCAACGCGCGAGCAGGACCAGGAGCUCGUUUCCCAGGUAGCACUACAAUAUAAAGACUCCAGCAAGAGCAGUCAUCAGGCUGGUGAGACGCGCGGUGACCGUAUCAUCCCUUGCUUCGGGUGGCAUCCGUGGUUCUCGCACCAGAUAUUCGAUGAUACGAAGGAUGCUCAGCCCAGGGACAGCGAAUACCUGGCAUCAAUAAAGAUAGAGCACUACAAGAGCGUAUUAACACCUUCAAUCGAGGAUGAAGAGCUCUUAAAUGAACUGCCUGUCCCAUUCUCCCUGCUGGCAUUGAUAUCAAACACCAAGGAGAGAUUACAGAGACACCCGUACGCCCUCGUCGGCGAGAUCGGACUAGACAAGUCCUUUCGAAUACCAAAAGCAUGGAGCUCAGGUACAGGUGAUGGGGAUGGAGAUGAAAGCAUGCCUUCGUCUGAUCCCUCCAUAACUCCCGGCACCAGAGGGGGAAGGGGGCUCUCUCCAUACCGUGUCAGAAUGGAACACCAGAGAGCCAUACUCAAGGCUCAGCUACGGUUGGCAGGGGAGCUACAACGGCCUGUCUCCCUACAUAGCGUCCAGGCACAUGGAGCCACUAUCGAAGUACUCCAGGAGCUCUGGGCCGGACAUGAGAAAAAAGUCAUAUCCAAUCGACAGCGCAAGAGAAGUUCAAGCGCACCCCGAGCCCAUGAAGGUGAAGAUAUCUCUCCAUCGACGUCAGAUGAAGGGAGUCCGUCGAGGAAGUUGCAGAAUAAACCCAUGCCCUUCCCGCCUCGAGUAUGCAUGCAUUCCUACUCAGGUCCGGUAGAUCCGCUAUCCCAGUUCUUCCAUCCAAAGGUUCCCCUGGACGUAUACUUUUCUUUCUCGGAAGUGAUCAACUUCCCCAACGGCUCUAAUGCAAAGUCUUCAAGUGUGAUUAGUGCCCUGCCGGAGGAUAGGAUACUGAUUGAAAGUGAUGUACAUUGUGCUGGCCAGCGGAUGGAUGAUCUGCUGGAACAGAUCGUUAGACAAGUGUGUGAUGUACGUGGUUGGUCGUUGGAAAAGGGGACCCGAAUACUUGCUGAAAACUGGAAAAGAUUUGUAUUCGGAUAA